AUGGAGGAAGAAAAAAAAGAAAUCAAGGAUAAGUACGUUGACUUUGCGAGCCAGGGUCCUAUCUCUGUCAAGCCUGGUGGCUGGAGAGACCGAGAAAGCAGGAAGGCAAGCCUUUCUAGCCUUUCUAGCCUUUCUGCUGCCUCGCAGCCCUCGCAGCCCUCGCAGCCCUCGCAGCCCUCGCAGUUUUGGCCUUCUGUUGCUAUGCCUGCUUUUCGAGACCAGGCUGCCGAUCUUGGUAGUGCUUUGGCUGCACCUAUUAAGCAGGAACCCCGUGAGCUUGCCCCAAACCAAACUGCUACUAGUCAGACUCCUACUCGCCAGAAGGCCCUUGUCCUUGUACCUGCUCCCGGUGAACCGUCUUCUCAAGUGAAUGGUCCCAUAAUCAACAAGAAUCUUAUUCUCAACAGGAGUGACCUCAACAAAAUUUCCGUUCGCAAUAAGAGGCCUAUCUUCAACAAGAGCAUGCCAAGCCAGGACGGACUCACUCUCCUGUUUGUGGACAUUCAAAUUGGAUUAGUCAAUAAAAUUCUCAACAACGAAGAGUUUCUCACUCGCGCCGGACAGGCCCUACAGCUUGCCCGCAUCCAUGGUAUUAACGUCAUCCACGUCAAUACUAGUUUUCGCCCUAAUUACCCCGAGGCACACAUUAACAAUGCCACAAUGCAAGCUGUCUUUUCCGCUCCAGCUUAUCAAGAUGGGGACCCUUCUGUUCAAUUCCAUUCUGCUGUUGAGCCCCUUCUCACUGAGGCUACUGUUACCAAGCGCCGUGUCUCGGCAUUCUUUGGCACUGACCUGGACACCCUUCUUCGUUCAUCCAACACCACCAAAAUCGUCAUCGGUGGCCUCGUGACCAGUGGUGCCGUUCUAUCGACUGUUCGAUUUGCUACCGAUAGCGAUUACAAGGUUGUUCUCCUGCGCGACGUGUGCAUGGAUCAAAACAUGGAGAUGCAUGAUUUCCUGAUGGAUAAUCUGUUCCCCCGCCACACCGAGGUUAUCAAGAUGAAAGAUUGGAUCACCAACACCUUCGACCGCCGCUACUGGAAGAAGACUUAG